AUGGUGGUGGUCUUGACAGUUGCAGUCAUGCUUCUUCAAUGUCUUCCAUUGAAGCUCCCAUUUGCUGCCUCAGGCUCUUUCUCUCUCACACUUCUUCUUCUUCCACCAAAACCUCAACAAAUAGAACUAGUAACAGUCAGACCCAGUAGAGUAAAACAUCUUCCCUCGAGGACUCCUAAGUCUGCCCCUAGUGUGCGACCGGCGAAGGAGAACUUGCCGACACGAACCAUUUUCAGGAAACCCAUUUCACAGAGGUUGGAGAAGGUCUCGCUACAGCAUCCUCAAUCUAGGAGAAAACCCAUCUCCAGAAAUGUUUCCAAUUCGAAAUUUUCUUCAGUUUCGGACAUCAGUCGCCGUCUUGAAAAUCAACUGAAAUCCGGCCCCGGAGAGUUGAAAGAGGUAGUAGUUGAUAGAGUUAGCUACUAUAAUGGAGCAAAUUCGACUCCUUUGAGUAAGAUGGCAAUUGGAUCGUCGGGAUUGAAUCUCGCAGUUGACAGUAACAUUAGAAAUGAGGAUGGUAAUGAUGAGAAAUCAAACACCAAAACGCCUCCAGUUCAGGUCUCAGUCUCUCCAGAAAUACAAUGUGGGUCAUCUGUAAUGUCUGCGACGGCGACAACAGUCACACCAGCUUGUUAUGGUGGUGGCCAUGUUCUGACAGGUGUCAUUGACAAGAGGAAGUGUAAACCUAGAGGGAUACUCACUGUAAGAGAAGCUAAAGCUCUUGAUUGUUUUGAAUGUGAUGAUGAAUCUGAACAAGAGAAUGCUCCAGGGCUUGUCAACAAUUCGUUGCCUUUGCCAUCUAUGGCUUCAAUGCAUUGGCUUUUGCAUUUGCCAUCUAUGUUUUUAAGUAUGCUGGUUAGACAGACAUGAAAGAGUAAG